AUGAUAACAGCGCUUUGGGAAACAGAAAACUAUGAAAUUAGUGCUGGAUUACACCAGGGGUCAGCAUUAAGCCCAUUUUUGUUUGUGCAGGUCAUGGAUGUGUCGAGUGAAGAGAUCAGGAAAGAAGAGCUGUGGGAAUUGUUAUACUUCGAUGCUAUGGUGUUUACUGCUGAAAAUGAGGAAGGCCUACAGAGAAGGGUUGGAGAGUGGCAGGAGUUUUUAGAGAAGGGUAGGUUAAAGGUAACUGUGAAUAAAACAGAGGUUUUGCUGAGCAGUAGGGAAGAUAAAGACAGAAUAGCAAUACAAGACAGAAGAGGCUCAAUUGUAAAACAAGCAGAAAAGUUUAAAUACUUAGGAUCUACUGAAGUUUACAGUAGGAUAAAAGCUGCAUGGGGAAAGUGGAGAGUGGUAGCUGGAGUGGUAUGUGAACAGAAAAUUCCAGUCAAGCUAAAGGUCAAGAUAUAUAACACAGUGAUAAGACCAGUGUUAGUGUAUGGAGCAGAAACAUGGCCUCUAAGAAGAAAAGAGGAAGUAAAGCCUGAGAGAACAGAGAUGAGAAAGUUGAAGUGGAUUAUGGGUAUAUUGCUGUUUGACAGAUUGGAAAAUGAUGAAAUAUAUAUAAAAAAGGACAGGAUUAGUAAAGAUUACAGAGGGGAUAAGAGAGUCACGAUUGUGAUGAUGUCUUUGAUAAAAGGCAAUGGAGAAAUUGCAUCAGGUAACUGA